CCACAACAUAAAGCCCGGUGGCUUGCUUGGUUCUGCCCACCACCAUGGCAGACUUCACCAAGCCGGACGCGUUCGCCGACCCCGAGGACUCCAAGCUCGUCGCUGACGCGAAGCGCGAGCCCAUCGACCCCGUCGAGUACCAGUACACGGAGCGCGACGUGAUCCUCUACAACCUCGGCGUAGGCGCGACCGCGGAGGAGCUCCAGUGGACGUUCGAGAAUGAUGACAACUUCGCUGCCCUCCUGACCUUCGGCGUGAUACCCCAGUUCCCCGCGAGUGGGGGCGUGCCUCUCGACUGGCUGCCCAACUACAACCCGGCGAAGCUGUUGCACGGCGAGCAAUAUUUGAGCAUCAAGGCGCCGAUCCCGACGAGUGGGGAGCUGGUGAACCAGUGCAGGAUACUGGAAGUCCUCGACAAGGGCAAGGCCGCGGCGGUGACUUCGAUCGUCGAGACGCGAGACAAGUCCUCGGGCGAGCUCAUCUUCGAGAAUCAGUCCACGGUCUUCAUCCGGGGCGCUGGAGGCUUCGGGGGCAAGCGGACUGGCAAGGACCGAGGUCCCGCAUCCGCUGUCAACGCACCCCCGAAGCGGAAUCCUGACGCCGUCAUCGAGGAGAAGACCAGCCCCUCGCAAGCUGCGUUGUACCGGUUAAGUGGAGACUACAACCCUCUUCACAUUCAGCCCGAGUUCGCGGCCAUUGGAGGGUUCGACAAGCCCAUUCUGCAUGGCUUGUGUUCGAUGGGGAUCGCUGGCAAGCACAUACAGAAGACUUUCGGUCCUUACAAGGACAUCAAAGUUCGGUUCGCUGGCGUCGUCUACCCCGGCGAGACGCUCGCCACCUACAUGUGGAAGGAGGGCGACAAAGUAACCUUUGUCGUGAAGGUCAAGGAACGCGAUGCGGUGGUUCUGGCCUCCGCUGCUGCAACCUUGGUCGACGGACAGGCCAAGGCGAAGCUAUAAUAACCUUUUCAAGCGGCACCUUUGGGAAGCCAGCUCACCAUCUAUAAUGGAGGUUGUAACAUCAAUUGUAUCUCGAAAUGCUAUCAUAGGUUGUCUUUACAGAACGUCUUCCUCACAUGGUUGGGAGCCCACCCACGGGCCACGCGUAUGCGCUGCAUGAGUUCUCAGAUCGCGCCCCACCAAGAUUUUGAUAAUUCGAUCUGCAGGGCGGCUUCCAAGCCCGUCCGGUCGAAGUCGCUUAGACUCCGCCCAGACUAUCCUAUCCUUCGCGCUGCAGCAAUUCUCUCCGCGCCAACGCAGCCCCCCAUCACGAAGACCGCGGCGGACCCCUACUGCUCGUCGUGACCGGAGCUGUCACGAUCUUGUAGAUGACAAUCUGAACACCUAAGUGC